AUGGCGGCGCCGUCGUCUCUGCUCCGAGCGGGCUUCAGAUCCGCACGAGACGCGCUGAACCGCGGCGACAGAUGCAGCGCUGCUUGCAAUCUCUUCCCGCGGGCGCUACAGCAGCUCCAACGACCCUCCGAGCGCGCCGACUUCAGCACAGAAAGUGGCAGUGAUGCCGGAGAAGUGACGUCUUCAGCGCAACACUCUAUUCCUGGUACUGGUGCUGCUGGUGCCGGUGCUGCUGAUGCAGGCGCUGCUGCUGGUGAUGGUGCUGCAGCUGCUUCAAGCAAUGCUGCUGCAACUGACGCUGCGUCGAGCGGUGCUGCUGCGGUGACGAGCGGUGCGGAUGGGUCUAGUGCGGUGCUGGCGAAGCUGCUCAACGUGCCUCGCAUGAUGCUCAAGGAGGAGGUUCUGCGAUCCUUCCGCUACGCUGCGCCUGCGCUGACGCCAGCCGACGUGUUCACUGUGUUGGACGACCGGCUUCACACGCUGCACUGGCAGCUCGAGUUCAAGUCACCAGAGGACUACUGCAAGGCCCGGGAUCUCAUGGAAAAUUUCAAAAGGCAGGGCUCGCGGAUACGCCUCCAAGAGCUGUCUCCCAGGGACCACGAGCUGGCGUUCCACAAGAGGCAUCACAAUGCGGAGCUUCGCCAGUGGAGAGACGUCUCGCUCAUCAUGACCGGCCUCCCGGAUGACGUAAAGACGGACGACAUAGAGCAGUUUUUCGAGGAUUACAUGCUGCACCCGCCCUCAGUGUACCAUGUCAGAAUCGAACGCAGGGGUGUCCCCACGCCCAUGCGGCUGCGCAUGAAAGGGGAGACGCGGCCGAUAGUCGAUCUGGUGGAGCGCCGUGCCGUGGUGCGAUUCGCCAGCCAGCUGGAAGCGCUGAGGGCUUUAAGAGAGAAGCAUAGAGAGUUCAUUGGCGACCGAAUGGUUGAGCUCAGCCUUCUACAGUAG